CACACGCACGCGAACAGCAGUGCUUCUUCAAACUUCAUCUUCAUCAAACUUCAUCAUCUUCUUCAUUGAAAAAACAUCAAACAUUAUCAAACUUCUUCAAGAAACUCAAAUCAAGUGCAGCAGCCAUGGCCGCCUUCUUCACCUCGAUUCUCUGAACAACACAAUAACAAUAUUCCUUCUUGCCUUCGAUUUUCAAAGAAAUAAGGGGUAGUUGGGUUCCCUUUGAUUGCAGGGGCAUGAAUUUGAAGCAAACAAUCAACUUCUUGUUCUUCCUUUGAAAUAGACGCCCAAUUCUUCCUGCAAAUUAUGGCUAUGAUUUCUGGUGCUAUUGGGGGAUUGUUGGAUGUAGCAUUCAACUUCAAUACACAAGCUUUUUUGGAUGACAACCUUCUGGACCAGUUUUUUAGAAUCGGCCGGAAAAUGACAUUAUUUGGUGAUGAAACUUGGCUGAAAUUAUUCCCAAAGUUAUUCACUAGACAAGAUGGAGUUAGUAGCUUCUUUGUCAAGGAUACUGUAGAAGUUGAUCUGAAUAUUUCGCGACAUUUGCCUGAAGAACUUUAUCGAGAUGACUGGCAUCUUAUGCCUGAUGUAACAGCUCCGGGUGUAGAUAUCCUAGCAGCUACUUCUAAUUCCUUAGAAAAAAAAAGAAAAUCCAUUUGUGCUGAUGUCUAG